CCUGUCACUUCCUGCUGUCGGUAUUUAUUCAUUUUCACUUCUCUUUUCGUCUAGAGAUAAUUUGGCACGUCACUGCCAUGUUUGUAUGAUUUCGUCUGAUGUAUCCCGCACGGUUUGUGGACCCUGCGGACCAAACGUUACGACCUUGGCUUCAUGUACGGCUCAAAGGAGGAGUUAACCCCCCUGGAUACUGCUGUGAAAACAGCGCUCGGGUUUAAUUAACCGCCGCGGCUGGACACGUUUUAAUGUGAACUCAUAUCGUCGCAUUUAUUAACACAGCAGCAGCAGAACCAGAACCAGCAGCAGCAGCAGCAGCGAGGGAAUCUGCCUGGUUGAAAGGCAUGGAUGAGAGGUUAUGUGUGUCCCUCAGCUAAAGGCUUCUGUCGCCCUGACCUGUGCAUCCCACCAGUCCCUCUGUGAGCAUGUAUCGCAGGAACGGACUCUCGGAUGGCACCAGCAUCAACUCAGUCACCUCAGAGGCUAGCAGCAGCUCUGAUUCUCUGGAUGGACCCUGUGUGGACUACGCCAAGAGCUAUGAUGCAGUUGUCUUUGAUGUGCUGAAAGUCACACCGGAGGAGUUUGCUAGCCAAAUCACCCUGAUGGAUGCACCAGUCUUCAAAGCGAUACAGCCAGAGGAGCUGGCCAGCUGUGGAUGGAACGGGAAAGAGAAACACAGUUUGGCACCCAAUGUGGUCGCGUUCACGCGCAGGUUCAACCAGGUGAGCUUUUGGCUGGUGAGAGAAAUCUUAACUGCCCAGACGCUGAAAAUCCGAGCAGAAAUUCUCGGCCAUUUUGUCAAAAUCGCAAAGAAACUGUUGGAGUUGAACAACCUGCAUUCUCUGGUGUCAGUGGUGUCAGCUCUGCAGAGCGCUCCCAUCUUCAGACUCAGCAAAACCUGGGCGUUGAUCAGUCGGAAGGACAAGGCCACAUUUGAGAAGCUGAACUAUCUGACCUCCAAGGAAGAGAACUAUACCCGCAUGAGAGAAUACAUCCGCUCCCUGAAGAUGGUGCCCUGUAUUCCUUAUCUUGGGAUCUACCUGUUGGACAUGAUCUACAUCGACUCAGCCUAUCCUGCAUCAGACAGUAUCAUAGAGACAGAGCAGCGGACCAAUCAGAUGAACAACCUGCUGAGGGUCAUCUCUGAUCUGCAGAUGUCAUGUAAAUAUGAUUACUUGGUGACCCUUCCACAUGUCCAGAAGUAUCUGUUGUCAGUUCGCUACAUAGAGGAACUCCAGAAAUUUGUCGAGGACGACAACUUCAAGCUCUCUCUGAAGAUUGAACCUGGCAAUAGUUCCCCUCGCAUUGCUUCUUCUAAAGAAGAUCUGGCAGGUUUCUCUGAGGUCUCUGCCUCUAUGAGGUAUAACCGCCGGCCCACUUGCCCUGACGCCUCUGUUGGGGUUCAUAUACCCACCCCUCCUCCCUCUCACCACAGGAAGAGCCAUAGUCUGGGAAACAAUAUGAUGUGUCAGUAUGGUAUGUCAGAGAGCAGGAGUGCCACGUUUCCCAUAGAGAAAGCACGACACCUGCUGGAUGAUAGCUUCUUGGAGUCUCAGAGUCCAGUCAGAAAUGAUCCACACAGUACAUCAGUGUCCAAUGGUCUGUCAUUAGGCAGCAGUGAAAGCUCUUUUGGGGAGGAGCUGUCACCUGGAAUGGAAAGGGGCCGCAUGUAUGCCACACUGGGGCCCAACUGGAGGGUCCCGCUUCGCAACUCCCCCCGGAGCCGCAGCUAUGUUUACAGCUCCUCUGCUGCCAACUCCUGCUACGGAUGCAGCGAGGCCAGCAGUGUGACUAUUGAAGGACCUUUGCGGAGAAAAACGCUGCUGAAGGAGGGAAGGAAGCCCAGGUUGUCAUCAUGGACCAGAUUUUGGAUCACUCUGUCUGGAUCAACACUGACUUUCUAUGGGGCAAAAGCACUGAGGGCCUCUGAGAGGAAACAUUAUAAGUCCAGUCCCUGUAAGAAGGUAUGUGUCACUGGGUGGAUGGUGGUGCUGCCAGAUGACCCUGCCAGACCCAACAUCUUCCAGCUCAAUGACCCAGAUAAAGGCAAUGUUUACAAGUUCCAGACAGGAUCUAGGUUUUCUGCGAUCAUCUGGCACAAAAACCUGGAGGAGGCUUGUAGAAGCAGUCGACCUCAGAUACCAGCAAACCUCAUGUCAUUUGAAUGAGAGCAAAUUUUGCCCAGAAGGACAUAAUCGUGCCAAAACCAUUUGUUUGGAAGUACAGACUCAAUGAAGGAAGAUGGUGGAAUUUAAAGGAAUUUACUGAAACAGGAGAGUCAAGAAGGAUUUGUCACUGAAGAAGAAGCUCUAUGAUACCGGACGUGUGACAAUAUAUGCCAACAUACCAGCUGUCUUCUUCAUCAAGACUAAGUAUUAUGUGAACUCUGGAAACAUCCAGUCAGUGGAAUACUUUGGUGAGCUUUUCCCUUGUUUCUUUUUCUAAGCUUCCUUGUUCACUGUCAUCGUUAUGCUGCUAAAACAUGUGAGCAAGCACAUAGGGUUGUUUUUUUUUUUUUGGCCCAUGUUGGGUUUCUGCUUGAGUGAAAAGAUGUGUCAGUACACAAAUAUGGACAACAGUGUUAGCUGACUGAUGUUGGUUUUCAAUUUGCAGACCAGUGUGAUACGGUUUUAAACAUGGAGAGUUGUUUAAACCCCCCCCUGUGUGAAACUACUAUUGGAAUGUUUUGUCUGCAUUGUACCAAGGAGGAAGAGUAGGAAACAAUCGUAAAACAAAUCCCAGCAUGUGAAGUUGGAUCUAUCAUAAAGGGUCUGGAGUUGUGACCUCAUUUGAAGGCCUUGUUAAUACCAUUUAAAAUCAGCACUGCAGCCAAAAGGACAGAAAAUGAGACUUCAUCACUCUCAGAGCUGUGACAUACAGCUGGAUGGAGUUUGUUCCCAAAUAAGAGCAUCUGUAGUCUUACAAAAACCUGUGUUGACUUGAUGGUCAAAUGAAGAAGCAGCCAUGGAUCAGUUCACCUGUUCACCCAUCGCUACCUCAGCUGGUAGUCCUCAUGUAAAAGGUAUUUGCUGAUGUACAUAACAAGGUUUACAAAUAGCAACAAUAAUAUUUUGUACGGAACAAAUAAAUACACCAUGGAAACUAUACUGAACAAGGUGAUAAUAACAAUCAAUAAAUCAGAGGACAGCCAGCUGUUGUCUACACACCAGUAUGCUGAAACAGCUGGUGGAGUGAAUUUAAAGCAAUUUACGAUGAAGUACCGAGCUUUCAACAAUCACGUCUUUGUAAAUACUGUAUUUAUUUGUAAAAGAGUUUAUUUUUUGACAGUUGGCCAUCAAAGGGAAAACGGUACGAUGGAUAAUCUAUGAUGGGCCACCUGAUGCAGGACACUGCUCAUCAGAGAGACUCUUUGGUGGAAGCCACCCUAAAACUUUUGAUUGUUUGAUUUCCAACUGAACAACCCUGGAAUAAGGGAAGACCCCAUUAGCACUGGGGCGGUUUCAAUAAUCAUGCUUUAAAAGCAAAAUGUUGUGUUGAAUUUAAAGGCUAAUUCUGCCUCAAAAUGACCUGGGUUGUACUUUAUUUCUCGUAGGUUUGGCCAUCAUUCCUAUCCUAAAAUUAACAUUGUGAGAUCUGGGAACAGGGCAAAUUACGUUUUAAUAUCACGGGCUUGUUCAGUAGUGAGGGUAGGAUGCUCAUGCAGAGAUAUGUAGAAGGCAUCAGGUGGUUCUGGCAUCUGAUAACUAUGCCUCCUGGACUCGUCCCUGUUGAGGUUUUUGCUGCGUGUCCGACAAGCGUGAGACUGAGGCAGACACAGAAAUCCCUGGAGGGAUUAUCCCAUCUGGCCUGGGGGUUUCCCAGUAAGAACUGGAACAUUGUAAGCAGCUCUCACCUAUUGUUUAUAAUAAGCCAAAGGAUUUUUUCCCUAUAGACAGCUAUACGAACUAAUGCUGUAUUGGUUAAGUAUUUUGGAGCUUGUGGGUUUGAAGAGGGGAAUUCUAACAGUUGCAUUCCUGACAAAGUUCUGCCAUUGCAGAAUAGAUUUGGUGCCAUCUCAUAGCCACCACUCAGAUUUAUUCUGUUUUAAACUUUAUUUACAACACAAUAAUAUUUACCAUCACAACCCACUAUCUUACAGUGCCCCAGAAUGGCAGGAGAACCAGGCCUGGAGGUCGCCCCUUAGCCUUGUUUCCAAUCUGGCUCGGUGGCCACUUGUGGUAUUGCAGUGAACAAUUACCCCAAAACAUUUUCCCCAUGGGCCGCCAUUAUAAAAGAGAUGUCUAUAAACCUGUUGACAGGAUACCAAGAACUACUGACAAGGUUGCCAGUGACUCUUUCUUUGAUGAAUUUUUGAUCCACUGAGAUUUUAUAUUUGUAAAACUUCCAUCAAGCUGAGAAAAGCGAUUCAAAAAUCUGUGUUGUCAUCAUGAUGACUAUGUAAAGUGUAAACUUUUUUGGUGAUGGGCUAUCUUCCCAUCUAAUAUCUAGUUAAUAUAUAAAUCUUUGAGACCCUGUCAUACAAAUCGAAGAUUUCCCAGCAUGCAGUUUCUGUGAUAUCUCCAAAGGAGACUUGAAUGACUGGGUCACCGUCAUUACAGCCUUUAAUGAUUUAUAGAUAGAUAGCCCUAUAUCAGGCACAGCGAUAAAGAAAUGAUAAUCCUCAAAUGAAACAGAGCCAAAAAUAAAUGUCAUAUUUAUUGUUUUGAUAAUAAGUACCAAUUCAGAAACUUUAAAUCUAUGUAUGUUUUUUGUACAUUGUGAUGUUCAAAUCAAGCCUGAUGUUGCCUUACACUUACUCCUAAAAGAGUGAUCCCAGUCUCUUUCACACUGUGGGGCAUACUGCUUAGUUAUAAAACACUGGUAUAGGAUGUGUACUCUAGGUAUUGGUAACAGAACUGAAGAGGUCAGAUUGGUACAUCCCUAGUCCAAUCGCUUGAUGUUGCCAGAUCUCUUUAUUGAUUUAGCUAAUUAGUGCUAUCAUAACUGAUGGAAACAAUGGCCAAAGCUAUGAAAAUAAAAUUAAAGUUUCAAUGAACUGGAAUUAUCUUUAUCCUAUAAAUUUGAAUGAAGUUUAACAUUUACUAAUAGAUGUUUCCCUGUUGUAUAUCACAGUAACUGUCAGUCAUUGAAAUCAGUUAUAGUAGUAGAAAAAAAAUAUAGAAAAACAGGAAUGAAAUGAUCACGUUGUAAAGAAUGAAAUAAGUUUCAUGCUCUUUGUUGUUUUUCAGAAGUCAUUCAUGUAUCGUACAUAGCUGAAAUAUUUUACAGACUAAUAGUCUGAAUUUUUCAACUAGUCCAAUUUUUUCCCCAGUGUUCUCUUCUGUCAUGAAAGUCAUGAAGGGUCUCUUACAUUCUAGAGGCCCAUAAAGGUGAUGAUGCCUGCAUCAUCACCAGCAUAUCAUUAUACAAAUGAUGCUGCUGUGUUUCAGAAAUCAGAAUUUACUGGAUAUAGUGGAUUCUUUUCAUUUCAGUAGGAAAAUCAAUUAGCAAACUCUGACUUGAGCACACUGACUUUCCCAUCACACUCAGCUGUACUCUGUGGUGUUAAGUGCUACAUAGAAGGUUAGCAUGCUAACACGCUCGACCGAGAUGGUGUAACAUGGUAAACAUAGACCUGCUUAACAUCAGCAUGUUAGCAUUGCAUGCUGACAUUAGUAUCAAGCUGAAACCAUUGCUUUGCCAAAGUGCAGCCUCACAGAGCUGCUAGCAAAAUAAAACACAUUUAAUUAUGAAGCUCAAUAAACAAAUUAUUAGUUAUUAAAGACCAAUCAUGUCUUUAGGAUGACAAAAUGUAACAAAACAGCUAAAGAAAUUAGCCUUUUUUAGUGUUGGUCUUAAAGAUUUGAUCAGUAUCAAUAAUUGAUAUUAACCAAUGUAAUGUAGACUUUCACAGACUUCAUGUAAUGGAUUACAUAUCCCAAACAACUUUCAGGAGUCUGCCGAUUGACAAAAUUGACUUUCAAAAUCAAUGGAAACCAAUGACUGCCAAUAAAGAUGAUUUAUGACAAUAAUUAUUAUUUUAUCACUGGCAAAUAUUAGACAUUGCUUAUAGAUAUACCAUAGAAUAUCCACUCCUACUACUCAUCACCUGUGAAUGACUGAGCCUAUGUUUCUGUACAGUUUUUAUUGUACUAUUUGAUUAUAGUUGUUUAGCCGAACAAGGUGCUCGGCAUUGACUGACAUUGCACAUCUUUAUUUUCAUAGUCACAUUUUGCUUUCAUGUCAAUAUGCUGUUGCAGUGUAUUGAAAUGUGUUAUUUAUUUCACAUGAAGGUUUCAACUUCCCUCAAAAGGUAAGAUGAAAGAAACAAUGGAACGAUGCUCAUUUAAUAUCUUGACCAGAGUUGGAUGUAAAAUUCACUAUUCAAGUCAGCUAUGUGUGUCCAGUUUGAACAAAGGCCUAUACAGUCAGACGGUAUUCAAGGAGCUCUGUGAAAAUUCUGUGUUGUGCUGCAAGCCGACGUUUUAAAAGUCCUUUUAAUACCAUGAUACAGCUUUGGUGUUCUGGUUUAGUGGAAGUGGAGCACAUGAUGAUCCCUUGGAUUAAGGGUAUGUUAUUUUGAAUAUACUUUAUCUAUAUGAUCAUUCAGCUAAGAUAAAUAGCUUAUGGCCAGUGACCCACCAUUUAAGUUUUAGAAAAGUGAUUGUGGUGGUAUCAGUCUGGAAACUUGGUUACCACAGAAGGGCUUUCAUUCUCCAUUUCAAAGAUAGCUGCAUGACGUUACUGUGUCCAGCGGCUGUGUGAACUUAGUAUGUGUUUUAUCACUUCUGAUGUAGCUAGGCCAGCGUUUCCCCCUACUCCCAGCCCUCGGGCUCCAAGUAUGGUAGGCUAAACAGCCAGCCCAGGUGGUCAGGACAAUAACUACAGGGAUGAAAUGUUUUAUCAUCCGACUCUGGCAAAGAACACAAAAGCUUGUGACAUACUUCCUUAGGGGUGAGUGUUACAGCUGUUGAUGGCAUGGCUGAAUCUUGUCUCGACCAAAUCUCAACAGUUGUCAAAUUUCUACCAUCUCAUUUAUUAUUCAUAACAAAUAAUGUCCUAUUGCCCAACCUUAAUUAGUCUUAACCUUAUUACAACUUGUAUGGUACAUGGUGGCUCUCACUGCGUUGUACUGUCUAUUGUUAAUGCUAUGACCAUAACAGAAGAAGGUGACAAGGUCUGUCAGCUUCUCUUUGUAGCUUUCUGCCACCACUGUGGUGGAUUGUUCAGUCUACAGCUGACAUAACAUCAUGUCAUGAUAUCUUUAAUACUGCUCAUGUGCUUAAAGGCAUCUUUCUUGUUGACGUGUGAUAACACUCUAAAUGCAGUAUAUACUGUGGGUGAAAGCCAUCAUGUACACACACACACACACACACACACACACACACACACACACACACACACACACACACACACACACACACACACACAGUUAACGACAAGUAAAUUGUGAGUCAGAGUCACAAUCUGAAAAUGUCAGUGUGUUCCUCUGAACACUUUGCCAUCAUUUAGCUUGAACUGUUCAGUAUUGGACUCAUUGGUUUUAUGCCAAAUAUGUGCCACCACAGUUUUCAUGUACUUACCUUUAUACAGUUAGUUGUUAAAUUAAAUGUGACCAAGUAAAAUAUGUUUUUUUAUAGCCAGUUUUGAUGGAGCUUUGAAUGACUGAUGUGAACUUUAUUUUUUGUUCCCCAAAUAGUAAGGAGCACCCCACUACCAAGUCAGCAUGGGAGUUUUAUCCAAAAUUAAGCCAUGACCCAACUUUUCUCUCACAAGUGUUGGCUCACAAAUCACACAUGUGGGAUCAUUUCCCUCAUUAAUAGCAGUGUUUUCUCUACAACUGAUUAUCCAAAUCUGCAUUUGAUGCAAAUGCAGUGGAUGUUAGCAUUAAUAUGUACAUGAUUACAUCAAGUCACUUUCCAGUCUAUUAUUGCUUUACCUUCAUCUUGAUUGUUUUGGUACUUGUAUAUGUCUGAUCGAAACAUGUUUCUGUUUUUAUCCAAUACUCAGAGCAAAAAAAAAUAUAAUAAUUGUGUUCUUUUGGACAUUGCAUGUAUUUUUGUGUAUACAAUUUCUAGUGUUGUAACUGUGAAAAAGAUAACCAUUGGGUUGUGAAUAUCAGUCUGUAAUUAUUUUUGCUAAGUUAUUUUUUACCAUGGCAUUGCUAUAUGUUGCUGUAUUUUUCAGCUUUGGACACUGAAUUGGGAAUAAAAUUUAUGUACAGAAAGUU